CUUGUUUUUUCCAGAACCAUCGGUGUCUGUAGCCUGUUAAACAGGCCGUUUCAAUGCAUUUCAGAGGAUCUUUAUCACCGCGCAGAUGGACGCUUUUGAUUUGUUUUCAAGCUGCAGAAAGGGCGACAUUGCCAGAGUCAGGUAUCUGGUUGAGCAGAGGGAUGUAGAGCUGAACAUCAGAGAUAAAUGGGACAGUACACCUCUGUAUUAUGCAUGUCUCUGUGGACAUGAAGAACUGGUGCAAUACCUGCUCGCCAACGGGGCAAAAUGCGAGGCGAACACGUUUGACGGCGAGCGCUGCCUGUACGGGGCGUUGAGCGACCCCAUCCGCUGCCUGCUCAAGGAGUACAAGCGUAUCACAGCUAAAGCCAUGCAGAGAGAUUACUACGACCAGUUCCUACAGACACUUUUGGAGCAGGGUAACUACAGUGAUGUGACGUUUAUGGUGCACGGAGAGAUGUUCAAAGCCCACCGCUGUGUCCUGAGCGCCCGGUCCGAAUAUUUCGCUCACAUGCUGGAGACCAAGUGGAAGGGAAAGAGUGCCAUUCCUCUUAAACAUCCACUGGUGAAUCCUGCUGCGUUCGCCGCAAUCCUGCAGUAUUUCUACACUGGCCGUUUGGACAUCGAUGUGAAUUAUGUAGAGGACUGUAAGCGUCUGGCCAAACAGUGCAAGAUCAGCGAGCUCAUUGAAGAACUGGAGGUGAAGUGCAAACAGGUGUAUGAGUUUGUGUCAAGUAAGCCGGGCACAUGUGUAAAGGUGUUGACUUUAGACCCUCACAACUUUCAGCUUCAGGAUGGGAUGGCUCUUUUGGCUGACAGUGCUCUUCCAGAUGAACUAAGGGUUGGAUAUGGUCAGCUUCCUUUCGACCUAACUGACAGUUUUCCGAGUUAUCCUGACAUCUGCUUCCGGGUGGAUGGAUAUGAUUUCCUGUGUCACAAGGCAUUUUUCUGUGGACGCAGUGAUUAUUUUAAGGCAUUGCUGGAAGAUCACUUUAGUGAAGGUGAAACACUGCAGGCUCAUCCUGGUACUCCUGUGAUCACCCUGCAUGAUGUGUCACAUGAUCUGUUUACUAGAAUCCUCUAUUACAUCUACAGCGACAACACUCAGCUGUCUCAUGAGAACGUCUAUGAGGUUUUGUGCGUAGCUGAUAUGUACCUGUUGCCCGGUCUGAAGCGUCUGUGCGGCAGAACUCUGGCUGCUCUGCUCAAUGAGGAAAACGUGCUGCAAGUGUGGAAGACGGCAAAACUUUUCCGGCUCUCACGUCUGGAAGACCAGUGCACAGAAUACAUGGCCAAGAUUAUUGAACGACUUGUGGAAAGACCUGAGUUUGCAGAUAUGAUCAGAGAAGAUGCCGGGAAUGUGGCCGCCAGGCAGGAAACUGAUUCGAUCCCACUAGUGGAUGAGAUCCGUUUCCACAUCGCCAGCAACGUUCAGACGUACAGCGCCAUCGAGGAGGCCAACCAGAAACUCAGUGCCCUUGAGCUCCUGCUGGCCAGCAUUGGUCUCGAGUGCUAAGAAAAAGAGAAAGAGAUGAAAAUGACACAGAAAAAGCUUUUACACAAUAAAUGCUCCCAUGCACAUUAAACAAUGGUCUGUAGCAAACAAUAGCAGUAAGACGCUACAGAUACUAAGGGUGCAUGCAUUGUAGUGGCAAGCUGUUGUUUUUGCUGGUGUGAUUUGAUAUAGCAUUGUGUUGGUCCUUUACACUGCAUAGAGAUGAAUCCAAGUUGUGAGAUGAGACCGAGUUUAUAAUCACAGCAGCAGUGAGUGUUGUGUUACAGGACAGCAUCGUCUGUGAUGUCAUGAUGAUGUUGGGGCGCGUGCCGUUCUUUCUUCCAGAUUCAUUGUGUAGCAGAAUACAAAGCUUUACAGAGAGGUUUGGUUUUGCAGAUGCUGAGCACAAACAUGAGUGCUUCAUUGGUCUAUCACUUACAGCAUAGAUACAAAGUCAAGUAAAAUAGGAUUGAAAUGUUUGUAUAGACUGCAAGAUUUGUUUAAAUGCAUUUGAAGAGGAAUUAAGGAAAGACUUUGCUUUAACAUUUCUGAACUCCAAAAAAUAUCGCAGUCUCAUGUUUUGUUGUGAUUGGAGUGACAGCUAUAUACUUGAUAUACGAAGGAUUUCAUUUGGAUUUUUCUGGUAUUUAUGUGAUAGAUGACUGCUUAUGUAUUUACGCUCAUUCUUCCAGCACUUAUAUUAACAUUUCUCUAGCAUUGCAUCCAAAGAUUUAGACAUCAAUCUUCAACAAUAAUUUUGAGUUCUCUCCAAUCCUGCUUACUUCCUACACCAAAACAUUUAGCUUGUCUACUUUUUCUUACAAUGAUUUGAUUUUAUUUCAUGGUCUUUUAUUUGUUCUGUUUUAGGGUGCUCUUAUAAGUCACAUCUGCAUGAUGUGGUUUAAAUCGACAGCAUUUGAGUAGCAGCACUUUGUAUAAGCGCAGCUUUAUGUUACUGAACGAUGUGCUGAUGUGAAUUCCCACAAAGGCACUUAAUGUGUAAGAGCAUUUAUGAGUGCCAUAAAUGUUAUUGUUUACUAUCGGAUACAUUGACAUUUCCUUUCGUGUGACAUUAUGUGGGAUACUGCGACAGGAUGUACAUAGAUGAGCAAAAAAUAAAUAAUAUUUAAUUAUGUCAUA